AUGAAGCAGAAAGAUGAACUGCUCACACAGUUAUCUGCGGAAGGAAAUACUCAAGAUAUGCUGGCGUACAUUACGAAUACAGAAAAAAUUUGCUUGGUAGCAUUGGACUACGCCGGCUUAUCAACCAACUGCAAUGACUUGUACGGCUUCUUGACACAACAUCCAAACCUUGAAAAAGUCAUGAUCAACACCAUGCCAACCGAGAGCGUCAUUCAUGUCUAUGAACGAAAUCGGCUAUUGAAUGAGCCAGAAAUGUUAAAAAAAUUUGAAUGCAGGAAGAAGCCAUAUCAACGAUCAAAGUAG